AUGGAAAGAGGAAAGGAGAGGAGGGUUUCCAACGACUUGCAGCAAACUUUCCACCAUUGUAAGGAACCCACCUUCUUUAUCAACCACGCCGUCCCGCCCCCCGACUCCCCCGCCAGCCUUUGCCCAGAAACACGGGGUGCCGAACCUGGUGACAAGGUACAGGCGCAGGCCCAGAAAACCCGACCUGGCACUGUGAUCGUGUCCAGACGAUCGGGCAGGAGAAUGAGGGCAGCGGGCCAGCCCAGCCCCCCGGUCAUCCCAGCCCGCAGGCCCGCCUUCCGGGUUUGCUACAUCUGCGGCCGGGAGUUCGGGUCUCAGUCCCUUGCCAUCCACGAGCCCCAGUGCCUGGAGAAGUGGCGUGCGGAAAACAGCAAGUUGCCCAAGCACCUGAGGAGGCCAGAACCCUCCAAACCACAGCCCCUGGGCGGCAGCGGCUCCUACAGCCUCCAGGAAGCCAACGAGGCCGCCUUCCAGGGCGUGCAGGCUCAGCUGGUGCCCUGCGAAGUGUGCGGCCGCACCUUCCUGCCGGAUCGUCUUCCUGUUCACCAGCGGAGCUGCAGGCCGAAGGGCCAGGGGCCCAGGGCGCCUUCCCCCGCAGACCUUCCUGGUCUCGGGAAAACUACCGGCACAGCCCCUGCCCGCCCAAGGAUGCUCCCGUGCUACAUCUGUGGUAGGGAGUUCGGUAGCCUGUCGCUCCCUAUCCAUGAACCCAAAUGCCUGGAAAAGUGGAAGAUAGAGAAUGACCGGCUGCCCAGGGAGCUCCGCCAGCCGCUCCCUCGGAAGCCUGAGUCCCUCCCGUCUGGACUGGCCGGCCACGAGGGGCCGAGUCAGGUGCAGCUUGUGCCCUGCCCAAACUGUCCCCGGACCUUCGCCCCAGAACGCCUCCUGGUGCACCUGAGAAGUUGCGCAGCUCAGUCCGGCGGCCCCAAAGCACAGAGCUUGUCCUUAGGGAGUCAGGGUGGCCUCUCUGAGGCCACUGGUGCCAAGCAGCAAGGCAACAAGGCAGCGCCUAGUGUAUCUGAUAAGGACUGUCUAGUCCGUUUCUUCUCUGAGUUCCAUGAUUAAAAUGAAGUGGCUGUGGACUCACUGGUUUAGGAGAUUCCAAGACAAUGAUUCUUGCGCCGGGAAAGUCAGACCAACAGAUGCUGGACAACUUUUCCGAUGAACACAGAAGAAAAAACACUGCUGCUUUUUCUGCGUAAUAAAAACGCAAACUCUUCAGUGCAGUGUGGGCUUCAGGCUGGUCUCGUAAACACGAUCUGUUUUCCCCAUCUUCUGGCCGUGGCUUUUCUUCCAAUACGUGUGAGGUCUGGAUCCAGGGAGUACGAGGAUCUGCAUCCCAGGGCCCCAACUCAGAAACCAUGUCCGCCCUCUGCCUCCCGGCCCUGCACGGGGCUGCGGGGUUCCCCUCACGGAUGGAGAGGCAGGGAAAGGCGUGGUCCUGAGUCUCACCCAUGUUGCAACACGUGCUUCGUGCUCCAAGGCUGGAGCCAGCAGGCUGAGCACACCCUGUUCUCGCGCGGUCUCGGCAGCACGCAGAGGCUGGCAGGCCUGCCACGGCACAGGAAGACACCUUUCUGACUCACCCCGGCAUCUGCAGCGGAGAAUGUCCCCCCGGUGACUCCUGCAUUUGGAUGAGGGCAGCAGGAGGCCAUAGAGAGCACGUGGCUUUGUCACAGCUCACCCGGCCCCGCUCUCCGGCCUGAACACCCAUGUGGCCGUGGGAAGGAACCUGCCAUGCACACAUCUUCCCACCGCUUCCAGAGGUGUGCCAACUCCUUGGGGGACCACACGGGCUGCAGUCGAGGACACAACAAGGUCAUCCAACAUAGGGUCCCUUUAAGCGGCCAGAUUUAAAACAAGCUCAAUCAAAAUGGAGAAAAGGCUGGACUUCAGAGAAGACCUGUUGAAGCGAUGGCUUUCUCCCUCCCCACCGAAGACGUUUGCCAUUCCAGGGUGCCUUUUUCCUUCCAGUUACAGUUCAAUCCCAUCCACCGAUGGAUGCCUUCCCUUCCUGGCCUCACAGAAAGUGUAGGCAGAGCUGUGAAUCCCUAGAGAGCGCUGCCCUCUACAGCACAGGCGUCAGACCCUGACCUGCCCGUGACGGCCGGGGUUGGCCGGCUGUCACACACGGGCACGCCUUUAUACGAUUCCGAAGUCUGCUUCGUUUCUUCCCCGUGUGGAUGAGAACAGUUUGCUUCUAGAAUCCCUGGUCUGACUUCAGAUGGGAAUCACUUGUCUCGCCUGGCGUUCUCAAGGGGCUCGAUUUUGCGGUGACCUCAGGUGAGGGCGACACUUCCAGGACCGUGAUCUCGGUACUUAGGAAGUAACCCUCGCCGGGUGGUGGGUGGGUGACACCGAUGGCUUUGCUGGCAGCCUGAGUUGCCCCUUCGCGCAGCCAGUUCCGCCAGGGAGAGCAGAGUGGACACUUGCUCACCUCCAAGGAACCUGGAGGAGGUAAGGGGAACAGAGCCUUCAGGAGAAUGUGUUAGGUGAAGGUGUGACUGCCCCAGGCCUGUCGCCUUCGUCCUCUCCAUCGCUUGGUGUCUGGAGCAGCCGUGAACUCCAGUUCUUUCCUCUGUAAAGGAAGCAGAUCCCGAGUGAGCAGCGGCCAGUUGUACAAGCUUUUAAACGUGGUGUGAACUCGAGGGGCGAUUUUGAUGCCUGAGAAGGAAAACCAUCGAUUAUCCUUUUAAAUUCUACUGUUGCGUCUACUUUACGAGCUCCUCUGUCUUACUAAGAGACUGACGAAUUUGCUAAGGAACGUUUAUAUCAUGGUCACGGUCAUAUUGCUCCUUAUGAUAAUAGGAAUGGGUAAACUUUAUUUAUUUAAUUGCUGGCAAAAAUAGUGUCCAACGGGGCCAGUGCUGUGGCACAGUGGGUAAAGCUGCCAUCUGUGGUGCCGCCAUUCCACUUGGGCGCCGAUUCGAGUCCUGGCUGCUCCUCUUCCAAUCCAGCUCUCUGCUGUGGUCUGGGAAAGCAUUAGAGGAUGGCCCAAGUCCUUGGGCCCCUGCACCCACGUGGGAGACUCGGAAGAAGCUUCUGGUUCCUGAUUCAGCUGGUGCGGCCAUUUGGGGAGUGAACCAGUGGGUGGAAGACCUCUCUCUCUACCGCUACCUCUCUAUAGCUCUGCCUUCCAAGUAAAUAAAUAUAUCUUUAAAAAAAAACUAGUGUCCUUUCUUCAAAGCUGGUUCUAAACCCUUUAGAUGUCAGUGCCUUCAGGUUAUGGAACACAGGUUGGCAGAGUAAAUGGAAUAAAAGGGCAUUUCAAAACAGUAGUGGAAACUGAAAUUGAGAGAUAAGUGGCCUCGUACAACUAGACACCAAAAUGAAACCAUUGCCUAACAACCUCCUAUCGGUUAGGUAGUAUUUGGGUUACUUUCCUAGAAUUUUCUAACACAUGAAGCAACAUUCUUAAGAAUCCUGACCUAUAUUGCAAAAUAGGCGUUAUUUUUCUUAACAAAAACUUUGUUUUCUAUAAAUGAUUAUGUCUCUGAAUGCAGUUUGAUGCAACUUUUGGCAUCGUCAAGUUAGGAUUUUGAAUUUUUCUUUUUUCCCCAUAAAGAAAUGUUAAAUGUGUGAGGAAAUGGAUAGGUUUACCCUGGUUGGACUUCACACAAUGUACACGUGUAUGGAAACAUUACAUGGUACCUCAUAAUUAUGUGCAAUUUUUAUGUGUCCGUUAAGAACAAAAAUUAAGUAAAAAGUUUUCACUGAAGUGUAAGGGAACUAAAAACUAGAAGCACAGCUGAGGCUUGAGCUGGAACUCUUUAGCUUCAUCGCUAGCAUCUGGUGCUGCCAUCUGGUGUUGUAAAGUAGUAUCUCCUCUCAAGUACGUUACUGCCUUUCAUUGUUUUAUCUCCAAACGCAUCACAAAGGUGCCCCUAUCAAGGGAACUCCAGGCAUUCAGACUAUUGCUAUGGAUUUGACUCCCAGUUAUAAACGCGGGUCCCUGGCUAAGUAUCGCAUUCUUUCAAGGCAGAGCUCCCAGGAGGAAGGAGGUCACAGUCCGGAAAUUGCCCAAGUGCAGGAUGGUUUCCCGUGUUUUCAAAUUUCCCACGCGUGUCUGUUGGGUGCUUGGACCCCAACCACCCAUGUGGGAGAUCCAGACGGAGUUCCUGGCUUCAGAUUGGCCCAGCCUCGGCCAUAGCAGCCAUCUGGGGAGUGAACCAACGGGUAGAAGAUCUCCUAUCUCUCUCUCUCUCUCUCUCUCUCUCUCUCUCUCUCUCUCACUCUGCCUUUCAAAUAAGAAAAAACAAAUUUAAAAGAAUGAGAAUAAAAAAAUACAUACUUGGUUUUGCAGUGGGGAUUUAGUUGCUAACCUUGGAAAGAACACAGUACAGUGGUGGGGUGCCAGAUGUAUGGAUGAUAAAAUAGGAUGUGUUUUGAGAAGUUCAGCUUUGAAGACUAGGAGAUAGUUGGUAGAUUGGCAAUGAAGACAUCAGGCUAGAGGGAUUUCUCUAAAAGGUGGGAGCUACUAGAAACUCUCUGAACGCCCAGGGUAAGCAUCUGGAGAAGCAGUGCAGAAAAGGAGGUUGAAUAAGUGGGAGAAGGGGGUCAGGGCACUUUUUUGUUUCAGAAGAAUGCCGAAUGCAGUUGGAACCAAGUUUGUCCAUUAGGAGUGGGACAGUGAAGGAGCUGCAAUCUGUUAGCUUACAUUGUUUUAUAUUUUCUCCAUGAAGUGUCAGGCAAGCUGGUCAAUACAAUCUGUUGAGAAAUAGCAGAGUGUAAAUAGAAAAAGGCUGUUUUUAAGGUGCUUCUUAGUCCUUUGUCUCUUCAUGUCUUCUUUUAAACAUAGUUUGUGUAGUCAAGACCAAGACGCCUGGAACCAUUUGCCUCUGUGAUUUCCAAAGACAAGACUGACUUGGAACUCUUGGAGGUUGUUAUGUUUGAGUGAUAAUUUGGGUGUCCCCAAAGGCCCAUGGGUUAAAGACUCAUGUGAAUGGAUUGGGGGG